AUGGUAAAAUUAACCACGGAACUUAUACAAAAUUCCAUGCAAUAUAUUAAUCCCUGUAAAGAUCGUGAACUAGAUCUUAGAGGUUACAAAAUUCCACAAAUAGAAAAUUUAGGCGCAACACUAGAUCAAUUUGAUACGAUAGACUUUUCAGACAAUGAUAUCAGAAAGUUAGAUGGGUUUCCUUUAUUAAAAAGAAUGAAAUGCUUAUUCUUAAAUAACAACAGAAUUGUACGUCUUGGUGAAAAUUUGGAGCAGUAUUUACCUAAUUUGGAGUCACUUAUUUUAACUAACAAUAAUAUAGCAGAGUUAGGUGAUUUGGAUCCAUUAGCAACACUUCCUAAGCUACGGACUCUUUCACUGAUGCACAAUCCUGUAGCAAACAAACAACAUUACAGAGCAUAUAUUGCAUAUAAGCUACCAGAACUAAGACUACUAGACUUUAGAAAAAUUAAACAAAAAGAAAGAGAUGAAGCCAACUCUCUAUUUAAGAGCAAGAAAGGAAAAGAAAUUCAGAAAGAAAUUAUUAAAAAAGCCAAAACAUUUGUACCAGGAGGGAAUAUGCCAGAUGCUAAAGUUACAAAUCUUACACCUCAAGAAAUCCACAAAAUCAGAGAAGCCAUUAAAAAUGCUUCAUCCCUUCAAGAGGUUGAGCGUCUGACUAGAAUGUUACAAUCUGGUCAGAUUCCUGGACAGAAGCCAUUACAGCCACAGUCUCAAACCAAUGGACAACAAGAUGAGGAUGAGGAGAUGGAAACUGAUCAAACAAAUGGUCAAGCAGGA